AUGAUCAGAUACAUGCAAGAGGUUCAGGGCAGAAAUCAAACAGAAGUGGUGGAAUUUAUCCUAUUAGGACUCUCAGACAAUCCAGAUCUUCAAGGUGUCCUGUUUGCCUUGUUUCUGUCCAUCUAUCUGGCCACCAUGGUGGGUAAUUUGGGAAUGAUUGCCCUGAUUAAGGUUGAUCGCUGUCUCCACACCCCCAUGUACUUCUUUCUCAGCAGUCUUUCCUUUGUUGAUGCCUCUUACUCCUCUUCUGUUACUCCUAAGAUGCUGGUGAACCUCAUAACUGAGAGGAAAUCCAUUUCAUUCAAUGGGUGUGCUGCCCAGUUCUUCUUCUUUGGGUCCUUUCUAGGAACCGAGUGCUUCCUGUUGGCCAUGAUGGCAUAUGAUCGCUAUGCAGCAAUUUGGAAUCCCCUACUGUAUCCGGUUCUCAUGUCUGGGAGAAUCUGUUUCUUGUUAGUCGCCACUUCCUUUCUAGCAGGCUUUGGAAAUGCCGCCAUCCACACAGGGAUGACAUUCAGGUUGUCAUUCUGUGCCUCUAACAAGAUCAACCACUUCUACUGUGACACCCCGCCCUUGCUCAAACUCUCUUGCUCUGACACGAGCAUCAAUGGCAUUGUGAUCAUGGUUUCCUCCAGCUUUAAUGUCAUCAGCUGUGUUGCGAUUGUUCUCAUUUCCUACCUGUGCAUCCUUAUUGCCAUCUUGAAGAUGCCUUCCGUAGAAGGAAGACGCAAAGCCUUCUCCACGUGUGCCUCCCACCUUCUGGCUGUCACCAUCUUCUUUGGGACCAUUCUCUUCAUGUACCUGCGACCCACAUCCAGCUAUUCAAUGGAGCAGGACAAAGUUGUCUCUGUGUUUUAUACCGUAGUGAUCCCCAUGCUGAAUCCUCUCAUCUAUAGUUUGAAAAAUAAAGAUGUGAAAGAGGCCCUGAGGAAGAUCUUACAGAAACCUCUUCUAUAA